UUUAGGCUUUAAUUUAGUAAGAAUUGAGAUUUAGGUGGUGCUGCUGGUGCUGUUGGUGGUCCUGGUGGUGCUGCUGGUCAUGUCUGCAGGAGGAGAGUUCGGCUUCUCCAGUGAGGAGGUUCUGUGUUUACGCUUCCCCCUGCACCGAGCCUGCAGGGACGGGGAUGUGGAGACUCUGAGCGCGCUGCUGCAGACACUAACACACCGAGAGGCUCUGUGUGUGGAGGACUCGUUUUAUGGAUGGACCCCUCUGCACUGGGCUGCACACUUCGGCAGGCUGGAGUGCAUCAUGCAGCUGGUGCAGGUGGGCUGUAGUGUGAACUUGAUGACGUCUCGUUUCGCUCAGACUCCCGUUCACAUCGCUGCCUUCGGCGGCCACCCACAAUGCCUUCUGUGGCUCCUGCAGGCCGGGGCCGACAUCAACAUGCAGGACUAUGUUGGAGAAACCCCGGUUCACAAGGCGGCGCGCGCCGGCAGCACCGAGUGCGUAAACGCUCUUCUGACGCAGGGGGUGAAAGCUGACUUGAGGAACGCUAACGGCGUGACCGCGGCGGACAUAGCCCGUACCCAGGGCUUCCAUGAGUGCGCUCAGCUGUUGGCCAAUGCUCAGAAUCAGCCGCUCAGGCACUGUACGAGCUUCCCCAUCCAUAACUCGGUGCUGGACCAGGCACGGAGCUUCCUGAACGGCUCGUCCAGCAGAAAGAGGUCGCUCGACCACAUGGAGUCCAGUCAGUUUAAAAAGGCCAGAACCAGCGAUCCUGAUCCUCAGACGACCUUGAUGAACGGGAUGAGCGGCUCUGGCCGAGAGGACCCGAUGGAGACCGUGCACGUGGACUUUGGGCCCAGUGGGAACGGAUCCAUGAACGGUUCGUUUCCUUUGAGCUCCGGUGACGCUGGCUGCAUGGUGGAGGCGGAUCAGGGGCUCGGGAUGAAGGACUCGUCCUCCCCUGCUCCGAAAGAGAUGGAGAUCUUCACCGUGGCUGCCAUGCAGAUACCCUGUCGCUGCACUAACUCCUACGCCUACCUGUAGCUGGUACCUUCAUCAGGGGCGAGGGCUUUUAUAUCGGGCCAAAAAAAUCACGCCAGUACCUGUGUUACUCAGAGCAGCGUCGCUACUCCUAAUAAUAAGCACUUGAUUGGAUGUUUUAGUCUGUUUCUCUUUAUAUUUUAUUCUUUUAUUAAUUGUUUGGAAACGUUCCUGAAGCCACGGGCUGCGUUCGAACUGGCGUACUGCAAAAUGUACUACUCACGUUUGUGUGUAGAGUUUUUAAUUUCACUUAUUGUUACUCAAAAUUUUAUUUCUCUUGGUUAAAGCCAAGAAUAAAUGGUUCAUUUUUGCUGUUUUUUUGUAUGGUCCAAGUAUUAAGCUGUCAGAAAUUACAGAAAUUAAACACAAUCCUUAAUCAUUUCCAGAAAUAUUGUGUAUUUAAAAACGUUUUUUUACUUAAAUAAACACAAAAAUAACCUUAAUUAUUAAAAAAUUAAUCAGUGAAUCACUGUCCAUUUUAUCAGCUCAACUUAACAUAUAGAAUUACUUUGUAGUUCUACAAUUACUGACUGACACACCACACACUACCACCAUGUCAGUGUCACUGCAGUGCUGAGAAUGAUCCACCACCUAAAUAAUACCUGCUCUGUGGGGGUCCUGUGGGGUCCUGAUCAUUGAAGAACAGCAUGAAAGGGGGUAACAAAGUAUGUAGAGAAACAGCUGGACUACAGUCAGUAAUUGUAGAACUACAAAGUGCUUUUAUAUGGUAAGUGGAGCUGAUAAAAUGGAUAGUGAGUGUAGAAACAAGGAGGUGGUUUUAAUGUUAUGGCUCAUCAGUGUAUAUGAUCUACACAGUAUUAUGUAUUAUUCAGUAAAAUUACCCGAUACGAUUAUUUUAAACAUAAAUAAUUACCUUGUAUUGCAGAGUUGCAGUACGUGCACAGUAACUGUUUGUUUUUAUACUGAGAAUAUUGGCCUAAAUAGUCGUGUUUUGGCUCACUGUGUGUACUGCUUAUUACAAUAUUAAAUACUGUUUUUUAGUCAGUUUUUAGGUAGUAUGCAGGUUUUUAAAGCUCCACUGUGCAAUAUGUGAUUCUUCUUACUCUUAUAAAUAUCCAGAAAAGACAUUCAGUAGCUUAAAUACAGAAAACUACAUCUCUGCCUGGUGCAUUUUUAUAAUGUUGAGAUUGGUGCCUCCUUCUAUGGUAUAAAUAUAGUAUAUAUAAUAUAGUUUCCAUCCAUAAUGAGUUUAUUUGCAUUUGUUUUUAUUUUAUUACACACACUAGUUAAAAGAGCAGCUAUUUAAUAGCAUUUUGUUCGUAUUUGUAGGCAAACAAGUGAUGAAUUUUGUGAUUAUUUGGACAGUACAGUCAGGAGUCGAUGUUAUUACAACUCAAAUGGUACUGACUAGGGAUGUAACGAUACACUCUACCCACGAUGCGAUACGAUUCACGAUACCGGGUUCACGGUACGAUUUUUUCCCCGUUUUUUUUUUUAAACAAAAGGAAAUUGAAGACAAAUUAUUAUAUAAAGUUUCCUUUUAUUAUUUCUUUUAAAAAAAUAAAAAAAAAAUACUGUAUUUGUGCUUAUCUUUUAUUUAUCUAAAUAAUGAAUGCCCUUUUAUUUCUGAGGUAGGUACAAACGAACCUGGCAACCCUGUAGUGACGUCAACCAGGCGGGGUGAAUAGCGCCAGCGCCCUCUGCUGUUUAAAGUGAAUAUCGAUUUAUCUUAAAUUAAUAACCGAUUCGAAUCGUGGCACAUGUGCACCGAUUUUUACCUGCCUUGUGGUGCAUCGUUACAUCCCUAUUUCUGACUAAUCAAUAAUUGGAAUUGAAAAUGUACUUUUGACAUGUCUUUCUUUUAAAUACCUUUGUUUUACGAUUGUUCUUGUUCAAUUCUGUCCUAAGUGCUCGAAUUCUUGUUUUUGCCAUUUUUUUAUUGUUUGUUUGCUAUAAAUCAUUAAUAACCGAGCCUAUAUCGCCUGUAUCGACCUACCAGAUAUUGCUCACACAGCGUUAACCAAGAUGCAACGAAAGCAUCACUGGUUUAUUCAACGGGGUUGUGAUGUUAUAUGUCAACCCACAUGCUAAGCCAACAUCUUUCCCAUAUUAUGGUCUGUUUGAUAUAUAGAUUUGCUGCUGUUGGCCUGUGUUAAGGUUCCAUUAGUGCAAAAGGUAUUGAUCAGAAUCAGAAAUGUCAUUAAAAUGCCUAACAGGAAACCCACAGUCACUCGCAGUUUUAACCAUAAACUAUUGGAGUUUGCUUAGCUACCUCAAAAAUGACAUUUAUCAGUAGUUUCAGUUUGUCUGUCCUAAUAAUCCCCAUUGGUAAUUACCAUUUCAUAUUAAAUACGUCCCUAUUACAAGCAAAAUGCACAUAUGCUAAGGCCAGCCGCAAAAAAAACACUUUUGGUACUGACAUGUGGGAUAUAAAAUAGCAUCUAGACUAAAUUACUAGCUUUGGGAAAUGCACAAUUACUUUUCACCACUAAGGUGUUCAUUAUGUUCAUUGAAUAAAUGUCUAAUUCUAUUUUGAUCAUAGUGACAUUGUGCACUGAAUAAACCUGUGCACUAACACUAGUGUUUCCCCAGAACAGCUUUUGCACUUGUGUAUGGGAACAUGUUAAACUCAGUGGUUUACACUGACUGUCUAAGAAAUUUUUCGCUUAGAAAGGUCUCCUUAAUCCCUUGUUUCUUUAUUUCUUACUUUUAUAAAGAAUAUUUUUAUGCCAAAGCAAAUCUGUACUCUGUGUGAAUGUGUAUGUGUGAACUUAUGAUGCUGUAUAUCAGAAAUGUUCAACCCUUUCCUUUAAGAGAAUAAGGAUUUGUAACUCUAAACAUAAACAGAAGCUUGUUAGCACUUAAUGAAAUGUAUAUUAGAGGUUAUCAAGCAAAAAUAUUGGUCCACCAAGUACUAAGACUGGCGGUUCAAUAAUAAAUUGUUUUUCUUUUAAGGUUAAAUGUAACGUUGAAUCUUUGAGGGAAUUUGCUGUUUUGCAUUAGCUUUUUUAUUUUAUACAGUACUUAUAGAUUAGCUUUGAUGCCUAUUCACAAAAAGCUUUAUUAUGAUUUCACAUAUACAGCGUAUACAGUAUAUCUUUACCCAUGGACAGAGGUGUAGUGUUUAGGACGAUCAGGCUGGUGUGUGUCUAUAUAUUUAUGGUAUCUGUAGCGAAAUCUUUACUGUCACUGCGUUCUGUAUUCAUUAAACGUUCCAUCAUUUUAUCAUCA